AUGGCGUUCGACCUAGGUACUCCGGUAAACACUGCUCUACUCAUAUAUAUUCUUUACUUGCUGCAGCGGAUUGUUUUUCCCUCUAAUUCGAUCUCCAAAACCAUCCCAACCGAGUUUAAGAACGGCUACUCAUGGAUGCCCAAGUCGCACCCUCCCACGUUACUCUACCAGACUUACACUCCGAAGACACUCUCACCGUUCAAUGGUGAGGACGGGAAGCGCAUACUUUUGGCAAUCGACGGAGUGGUGUAUGACGUGACGGCUGGGAGGAAUUUCUAUGGACCCAAUGGGAUGUACGCGAACUUUUCAGGUCGAGACGCGUCUCGCGGGAUGGCUAAACAAUCGUUCGAACUCGACAUGCUGACCCCAAUCGAUCAACCGCUCGACAAAUUAGACGAUCUUACUCCCGCUGAGAUUGACAACAUGAAAGGCUGGAUGGAACACUUCUCUACCAAGUAUAUUGUUUGCGGGAAGCUAGUAGAGAAUGACGCGGUUUGA